AUGGGCCGCGCCAAGCCCAGCCCCAGGCCGCCAGGCAGCCUGCCGCCCGCUCCCUCAGGCACUCGGGUCCGGCCUCCGCGCUCUGGCCCUAGCCGUUCUCCGGCGCUCGGGUCCCCCACGGCCCAGAACACGCCCCGCACUCCCGGACGGUUCCAGUCCGCCUUCUCCGUCGAGGCCAUCCUGGCGAGGCCCGACCCCCUCGCGCCGGCUGCCGUUUGGCUGUCAGGCUCCGCCUGCGCCCACCCGCACCUCAGGUCGGCGUCUUCUCCGUGCACUGCCCAGGGUCUGUCCUGGCCGUGCCAGGCAUCGUGGCUGCCUGCCUAUCUGAGCGUGAGUCUCUACCCGCUGUGCUCCCCGCGCCCCAUGCCGGGGCCGCGCGUGGCUCCCGUCUGCGGCCUGCGGGGCCUCGGCGUCACAGGCUUGGAGCUGGCUCAUUGCUCAAGACUCUGGGCCUUCCCAGGCUGGGCCCCAACGGAGGACCUACAGGACACAGAGAGACAGCAAAAGAGAGUCCGAACUAUGUUUAACUUGGAGCAGCUGGAAGAGCUGGAGAGAACGUUUGUAAAACAGCACAAUCUGGUGGGGAAGAAGAGAGCCCAGCUGGCAGCUCGGCUCAAUCUUACGGAGAACCAGGUGAGAGUCUGGUUCCAGAACCGCAGGGUGAAGUAUCAGAAGCAGCAAAAGCUGAGGGCAGCAAAAGCUGCUGCCGAGGCUGCCUCCCUGGAUGAGCCUUCGAGCAGCUCCAGUGCCAGCAUCCAGAGUGAUGAUGCCGAGUCAGGAGUGGAGAGCUGA